AUGCUUGAUUCUCUUUCGUGUUCUGGGGACAGUUUGUUGUCGAAAGAGGCUUUUGAUGUAAAAGAAAUAGCUCCUGAAAAUACUUCAAAGAAGUCAUAUAUCUUACCACUUGAUCUUGUCGAUGAUGAGUCAAAUGAUCAAUUUAACAACAAUAUUGAUUCUUCAUCUUCCUAUCAAAUACAUUCAUUUGAUGAAAACAAUGAGUUGUUUACUGAUGAAAACGAUAUGGAAGAAAGAAAAGAAAAAGUCGGUCGAUGGACACUUAGCUCUGGUGCAGCUAAAAAGGUAUCUAAAAGUAAAUCUAGUAGGCGUAAUUCAAGUCAUUCUAAACCAACUAACAUGGAAGAAGAAAGACUUCAAAUUUAUAGUGAAUCACAACGACUUGUACGAGAAUCUGAUGUUCACUUACCAGUCCAUAGACCUAAGCAAUUUAAAUGUUUCAGUGAGUUUCGUCAAUCUCUAAAAGGUUCACAGUCAAAUGAAACAAAAAAUUGUGAAAUAUCCUCUCAGAAUAAAUUACAUUCAGACUGUGACACUCAUCUUCAACCAACUAUAGGACAGUCUAUCCAAAAUGAUGAAACUCAAGAUAUCAAACCAUUCACUUCACAAGGUUGUUCAGUAGUUGAUCAUCCUGUUCAUUCAGUUGACAUUGACUGCAUCACCUCUGUGCCAUCGCUUUCAUCCGAUGUAAAACCGUCGCCCGAUGUUACGAGUGAACCAGGCGUGCUAACCAACUUAUUGCCUCGCCUUACUACAAGAAAAUUGAAAAAUGAUGAAGGCGAAGAAUUUUUCAUAGAUUUAGGUGAAUCAGUUCCUACUUCAGUGUCAGCUGUAACUCCUAAUCAAUUAUUGGCUCGUUUAAAAUCUCAUCUUCAUGUGUCUCAUGAAAAAGUUGUACGUGGACCAAUCCAAUAUUCAAUUAUAACAAAGGUACAAAGCAGCGACGCUGAACGUGAAGAACUACAAGUAGAAACAGUUACACAUGAAUCAUCCAAAGAACUAUCAACAACUACCUCAGUUAGUAGAAAACAAUGGUUAGAACACAGAAAAAUUCUCCAAGAGAAAAUGCGUCAAAAAAGGCUAGAGCAAUAUGAAAUGCGAUUAAAGGAAGAGGGUACAUGUUAUUCUAAGUCAAAAAAUGAAAAUACUGGGGAAUUAUCCAAUAGUGAUGAAGAAUGGUCAGAAGGGGAUGAAAAUGGCAGUGAAAUAUCCGAUGAAAACUCAACUACUGAUGAAGAAAGUAGCAGUGAUAGUGAAAGUGAUGAAGAAGACGAAGAAGAAGGAAACGAAUCACCUGAUGAUGAUGACGAAGAUGACAAUGCAGUGGUUGGCAGUAAAAAGGCUUCAAAGCAUCGUCCUUGUCUUUUCGCUGACGAUGAAGCAGAGGAAAGUGAGAACGAUGAAGUACUUUCAGAGGCUAAUGAUCUUGAAGAUGAAGAGUCUCUAAUAUGUGCAGACCGUGCGGAUUUAAAACAAAAGAAAUCUUACAGCAAAGCUCUUCAUGCCAAUAAUCCAACCGUACAGUCUGGAAAAAAUAUCAACAAAUCUUGCAUCUCUCAGCAACAACAUUUACAGUUAGAUGAUUUUACUGAUCUACCUGAAGAAACCAUUGGAUUUAAACGUUUUCCAUCUUAUAAUAAUGGUUAUAGUUUUAAUCUUGCACCAAGACAUAAUGGAGCUCUAGGUCCUGCUGAUAUAGACCUUUUCGCUUCUGAAUGUUCUAGUAUUCUAGACAGAACUAUGAACCCUCAGUCGAUAUUGGCCUCUACUCGUUUAGAUGCAACCACCAUCAAUGAUGAAAAUAAAUCUCGUUUUACGCGUAAUUCAUCUUCUCAUAGUCAAUGGAAUAAUACACCUUAUGAAUUACUGUAUUCUCAAAAGCCAAAUAGUCAAUUAACUUCCAGAUCAGAAUCGAUCACUCAAGAGUUCAUUGAUGACAAUCCUAUGAUGAUAUCUAAUCUUCAUAACAUAUCAUCUCAAGAUACAGUCUUAUUAUCUCAAGAACCAACUCAACCAAUAUCUGAACAAGAUCCUACGCUUAUACUAUCUGAAGAAGCCAAUUCAAGUGUUCAAUCACAAGUCCUACAUGAAAACCGUCGUCAUUUGUUCGGUGAAUCAGUGAGUGACAAUUCAGAAUUGUUUAUGGACAUCCCAAUGAAGUCAAGCAUUGAAAAUGAUUCUCAGGUUCACCAUGAAAAUCGUCAUAAUCUGUUUGGUGGUGGAUCAAUAUGUGACAAAUCACAAGUAUUCAUGGAUUUAGUUACUACAACGAAACCGUUGGAUGACAAUGAUUUAGAUUCUCAGAUUGAUCAUGAUGACCGUCGUAAUCUGUUUGGCGGGUCGAUCGGUAACGAAUCACAAGAACUUGAUGACAAAACAACAAAAUUACAUUCAGAUAGUUAUGUAACAGAUUCCCAAACUCAUUAUGAUAAUCAUUCGCAAGCUUUGAUGAAUUUAGCGCAUGAUAAUGAUGAACCAGAUUCCCAACUUGAACAUGAAAAGCAUAGAAAUCUGUUCAGUGGAUCAAUAUAUGGCCAGUCACAAGGAUCAAUAAAUGAUUCGGCAAACUCAGUUGUCGUUAAUAAUAAUCAUAAUUCAGAUUCGUACGAAAACUGUAAUAAUCUACUUAACGAGUCUACAUAUGACCGAUCACAUGGUUUGGUUGAUGAAAUGCUGAAACCAUCUGUAAAUAAUCAUUCUGAUCCAGAACUUCAAAAAUCUGAGCUCCCGACUUCUGAGUUUUCAACUCAAAACUCAUCUCGUCGACGAGUUUUAGUUUUCGACGAUGAGGAUGAUGAUGAUGAUGAAAAGGAAAAUGAAGAAAAGAAGAAAAUCGAUCACAUUGAAUCAUCUUCACUCACUCCUUUUAAAUCCGCAACAGAAUUUAAUUUUACUGAUGAAAAUUUGUCAGAUAACAAUGGGGUGGUGGAAGCAGAGGAUGAGAAGACCUCCGAUAUUGAUGAAUCAGAUAAUCAUACUGUUGAAGCAGAAGAUGAUGAUGUUGAUGAAGUGAAUACUGAUCCUGAUGAGAUUACUGACGAAGAGAAUGUUGGCGACGAUAAUGAAUCCUCUUCAGAAGGAGACGAAGAGGUUGAACAAGAGAAUUCUUUUGAAGAUGAUGUUGAUGAUGAUGAUGAAGAGGAAGUUCAACGUCUUACUAUACAAUCGAAUGAAAUUAAAAAGAAGAAAAAAUUUCGUGUAAAUGACUUUUUGGAUGAAGAAGCUGAAUUAUCUGGUGAUGAAAAUGAACGAGCUUAUUUUAUGGAUGAUGAAAAUGAAUUAAAUCCUGAUGAUGAUGCUAAUGAAGAGUUCGCUGAUUUAAUUGAUGAAGAUGAAUCAAAUAUUCCAUCAGCUGGUCGUUUACGACGUCAAAUUGAACGUGUACAUCAUCGCCUGCAAACUGAUCAAGAUCUACGUGAACUACGUUAUCUUAAGGAACUUUAUUUUGAAGACGGUGAUUUACAUGCAGAAAAUGGUCGAGUUCGUCAGAGACGUUUUCGUUGGCGUGGUUUAGAUAAUGAUGAUCCAUUCGCUGAUCAAAUAAACAUGGAUAACAGUGGUGAUGAUGAUGAUAAUUCAAGUGAUGAUGGAAAGACUAGUAUACCAUUCGGUCCUAUAGAUAAUUGGUUACGUCGUUGUCCAAUCAAAUCAUCUAAUGAUGUGAAUAAUCAAUCAGUUGAAAAUGAUGAUUUAAAUUCUACCAGCAACAUUCUACAUCCAGUAUCAUCAUCAUCAUCAUCUAAUCAACAGAUAAAUAAUAAUAAUAAUGAAGACUUGAAUAAUUCUGAUGAAGAAAAAGAAAAUUCUGAAAGAGUAAUUGAUAAUUCAUCAACUGAUGUUUUAUCAUUAGGAAGAAAAGCUUUAUUAAAAUCUCAAACAAAAUUACAAACUCAAAUAAUUGUACGAAAUAAGUUACCGGCCAAUCGUGGUAAGACAACCAAACCGUCAUCUGUACCUAGAAAUUCAUCAAUCUCUAACUAUUUCUUGCAACCUAAAUCUCAUAAUCUACCAGUCAAUGAAGGUGUUACUAAUGAUCCAGAUGAUAAUAGCAGCAGAAUUGACAACGUUAUCAUUAGUGAUAAUAAUCACGAUAAACCUAUUACUCCUGUGAAGUGUACUGAUGUUAAUAAUAUUAAUAAUAAUCGUAAUAAUAGUGAUGUAAAGCUGCAAAUGAUCAGACGCGGUUCCCUAUUGAGUCGUUUGCCUGGAAGUCUUCUUCCUAGUUAUAAAUCUGAAUCUACCCAGGUUCAUUCAAAUGUUAAUGCUGAAUUCGAUGUCGCCAUGUCAAAAAGUGAAAAUCGUCGUGACAAAACAAAUUUGGAUUUACGUAGCAGAGUCGGUUUAUCGUGUUUUAGUGUUGUGACGCCUCAAAUUAAACCAGAAAAAAUCGACUCAUUUGACGAUAACAGUUCAAUUAAUGAAAAUACUCAAAAACCCAGCAUUAAGAAAAAACGCUCAGCUGGUAUGAUCAAAUCUAAUUCCGUUUUGUUAAGUCCUCCAAGUUUAAAACGCCAUCGAUCUUCUAGUGUGUUUACUGCUCUACUGUGAAUAAUCUCCCCUACUUUAUUUUACCCUACAACUGUAAAAAAAAUUACUUGAUAAAGCCUUUCAUGUUUUAUAUACUUUUUU